GUAAGAUUUGUCUUUUGUCAAUAAUCCAUUGAGUUGUUUACGUUGUUUAUUUUGAUUCAUAACCAAUUCCAAUUAAGAAAUAUUGUGUUUAGAAAACAAUGACAAGACAUGCUAGAAAUUGUACAGCAGGAGCAGUUUAUACAUAUCACGAGAAGAAAAAAGAUGCAAAAGCUUCAGGAUACGGUACCAAUGCUCAACGGCUUGGCAAAGACUCUGUAAAAGAUUUUGAUUGCUGUUCGUUAUCUUUGCAGCCAUGUAGAAAUCCAGUAAUCACAAAAGAUGGUUAUCUUUUUGACAAAGAAGUUAUAUUAGAGUAUAUACUUAAAAAGAAAAACGAUUAUACCCGUAAAUUAAAGGAAUAUGAAAAAUUAAAGAAGUUAGAAGAAGAAAAAGAUGCCCAGAAAGAAGCACAAGAAGUGGACAAAAAAAUUUCUUCCUUUCUAAAAGAUGAAAAUAAUAUUGUCAGCAAAUCUAUGAUUAAAAAUGAUUCAGAAAAACCUGGAACUUCCAUUUCAAAUAUGGCAGUUGGUAGAGAUAAGGAACUUCCUAGUUUUUGGAUCCCAUCAAAAACGCCUAGUGCAGAGAAAACUGAAUUAAAAAAACCAGAUCCAGUUGUUUACUGUCCCAUUUCUAAGAGGCCCCUAAAAGUCAAGGAUUUAAUAAAUGUCAAAUUUACACCAAUAAAUGAUCCUGAUGAAAAGAAAUCCAUUUACGUAAAAGAAAAUAGGUAUAUGUGUGCUGUGACCCAUGAUGUCUUGAGUAAUUCAGUCCCAUGUGCCGUUCUCAGGCCGACCGGAGAUGUAGUUACAAUGGAAUGCAUACAAAAAAUUAUUAAAAAAGAUUGGAUUCAUCCUCUAACCAGUAAUAAAUUAUCAAAGAAGGAUAUAAUUAUUAUGCAACGUGGUGGAACUGGUUAUUCUUCAACAAAUGAAAAAUUGAAUGCCAAAGAAGAUCGCCCAGCAUUGCAAGCUUAAAUACAUGAGUCAGAACAUUUACUUUUAUUAAAUUAUUUCCUCUAUAAGUUUAAUUAAAAUACAAAUUAUGAAUUUUAAG